CGAUAUCGCUACUUAGACUUAGCAUCUGAACGUAUUUUGCAAUACGAAGAAGGAAUCAUUCUAGAACUAAGGCUUUUAUUAUCAAUCUCACAAACAACGAAUCGAACAAGCUGCGAAUGUCUUCAUUCUGUUCGGAAAAGAAAUGGCGAGGAGAAGUUCAUUUGGAGGCUACGAUGAGGAAAGAUUCGUAAAUAAAGUCGACGCUAGGCUAUUUUGCUUGAUCUGCUUCAAGGUGGUCAAAGACCCAGUGCAAUGCCCGAACGAACACCAUUUUUGUCGCUCGUGUAUUCAAAAGUGGUUACAGGAAAGCUCCAAAACCUGCCCAACUUGUCAACACCAUCUCACCGAAGAAACCUUGGUUAAACCACCGAGAUUUUUUAUGGAAAGUUUGGAGCGUCUCGAAGUUUUUUGUGAUAACGCAAGCCGUGGCUGUCGAGAAGUGGUCGAGCUUGAAUUUCUCGAUCAGCAUGUCAACAGAUGUGGCUAUUCACCAACUUGUACAAACACGGGCUGUUCUGGAGUCAUCAACCGAAACGAGCAAGAACGAUAUGAGAACGAACUUUGUGAUUUUCGUAUCAUUGUCUGUGACGAGUGCGGGGAGGAAGUGAUAUGGAAGUCGAGAGCUGUCCAUAUCUGCUUCAUGCGGAAGGAAAUCGAUAAUUUAGUCAAGGAAAGAAAGAAUCAAGACCGGUGUAUUCGAAAGUUGACGGCCGAUGUUGCCCGUCAAAAUGUUGUCAUUGAUGAUCUUCGCCGUAGAAACGAGGAAAUUGUAUAUGAAAUGAAUGAUAUGAGAGCGGAAGUUCGAUAUACUGCAACCGAAGCGACCGGAAGAUGCGACUGGUUUAAUGGAUUUAAAAAUAUUUAUGUCUGCGGAGGACGUGAUCUUAACGAUAUCCACAAAUCCGUGGAGUCGUUUAGUUGGCCUGAGAACGCCUGGACAUUGGAACAAGAAAUGAACUUGCCGCGAUCAACUCCUGCAGCAUUUCUUUACCAGGGACGAAUCAAUGUGUCUGGCGGUCGAAUUGGGCUCAUUGGAGCCGACUCUCUCCAAUAUACGAACAGCAUUGAAUGUUUGAAUGUCGGCGAGGACGAUGAGGAAUGGGUCGAGUCUCUCGUCAAGAUGCCAAUCAAAUGCAAUGGUCACGGAAUGGUUUGUCGUGAAAAUACCGCGAUUUUAACUGGUGGCUGUUAUGGGAACAUUUGUUCGGAUGGGAUUUACGAAAUUAAACUAACUCCCCCAUAUACGACAAAGUUAUUGACCCAGUUGCCAGAGAGAAGAUGUUUCCAUGGUUGUCAGAUUAUUGACAACGAAGUCGUGGUUGUUGGUGGAAGCACAGCAAAAUUUGCACGGGACAAUCGAAACACUGUGUAUUCGUACGAUAUUAACAAUAACGUAUGUAAGACCUUGUCUCCUUUGCCAAUUCCUAUCUCUGCUAUGGCUACUGUUGGUUAUAAAGGUAAUGUAAUUUUAAUCGGAGGUACCGACGAGAAAGGCGAAGCAUUGAACACAGUAUUCAUAUACGAAGUGAAAACAGGUAAAAUUAAGAUUUUACCUCGUCUUAAUCAUAAAAGAGCUGGAUGUACCGCAGUUAUCACUGGUAAUAUGAUUAUCGUCAUGGGUGGUUAUGAUUAUGAAACUAAAACAUAUCUCAAUUCAGUCGAGUGCUUAGAUUUAAGUACGAAUAAAUGGAGAGAAUUACCUCCAAUGAAAAGAGAACGAGCUUGGGCGACUGCAUUUCUCAAAACAAAUUCUUUUAAAAGGGACUUUAGUGAAUGAACUAUAUAUAGUUGAAAUUUAAUGGAAGUGAUUUGA